CCUCAUUUGUGUACAUACAUAUGUUUUUUUCUUCAAAUUUUUAAUGAAUAAUUUUGUGAAUGGAAAAAUAGUUUGCCGAAUCGUUCCUUUAAUUAUCUUAUUCGGUUGCAUAUAUUGAGAAGCUGAUUUCUUUACUUCACGUAAGCGAUUGAAGAAAAAUAAGGUACAGUCCUAAAGAAAUUGCAAGAACGUGUUUUAAAAUACUAAAUAAAACUGUUGUAGUAGAUAAUCUGUCCAAGGGAAUAUAUCUUGAACUCUGUCUCCUUGCACUUUAAUUGAAGCGAAAGCUUAAUGUUAAGGCGUACUUCUACCAGACCAAUAUGUUUGUUGAUGUAUGAUAAUUCUGCUCGCUAUCUUUAGGCGCUGCUCGUCUGAAAGCAACAACAAAGUUAUCUAGUUGAAUUCGUGCAGGAGAGUAUGCGGAUACCUCAUUAUUCAUUAUACAAAAUUAUUUUUAAACAGAUUUAAGUAUUUCUCCACCUAAGAAAAAUAUUCAAAUCUCAAACCACAAAUCAAAUCAAAGGUAAAUGGUUGAGCAAGCAGUUUUGGCGGCCACGAAUACAGAUGUAAAUGACAUAAACUAAAUAAGGCUGCGUGCAUUUCGGAGCUGCGAUAAGUGAUAAGAGCGUCGAUAAGAGCGAAGCGUCUUACAUUGAUACAUGUAAUUUAAUACAAGUGUGCAUGUCGGAGCAGCGCGCGAACUCACUCUUUGCUGGCUAUCAUCGAUAAGAGCGUAGAAAUUGUAGGUCAGUAAUUUCUUCGCUCUUAUCGAUGAUGGACACGGAAGACUUAAUAAGAAUUAAGAUGAAGAUCUUUGUUUUUUUAAGUUUAUUGCCUCUUGUGAAAAAUAUGUCUUCAUCGGAUAAAAUACUAUACCGAAUAAAGGUAUCGCAGCUGACACAUGAAUGGAUUAACCCAAAAAUUUGGUAAUUUCGCCAGCCUUGCUGCAGUCGAUCCGAAAUUUGAGACAGAAUGUAAUCGAAUGUAUCGCUUGUCAUUCUCAUGUACAAUAAUACCCCGACCUACGCUACCCCGUUUUACGCGAAUUCGAAGAUACGCGGUUUUUCAUUUUGAUUGCCGCGGGAAUUAAGAAUGCUAUUUAGGCAAUUCUAAAAUAUAUAUUUUACCAGGAUAUUACUCCUGGGUUUCUCUUUAUUUAAUAUAAAGGUAUUAUAAAAUACAUCUAACUAUGUCUAUGGUUUAUAUUAAACUAAGUUGAAGAACACACAGUGCGUCCGAUACACUGUAUUUAUAGCUUUAUACUGAUGUAGCGUGGCGUGCUGUGAUUCGUUGUUUUAGGUGGCAUGAUAUUUGCUGUAGAUUUUUGUGGCAUGAUGUUAUCUCCCUUUGUUUGAAUGUUCACGUUGUAUAUAUAGGUGAAGGUAUUAACUCGCGCAUCGGCUCUCUCCCUCCGCCCACUCAGUGUUCAAUUUGCGAUAGGUUUAAACGUGUUCCGCGUGAAAUUGUUUUAAGUGCGCAGUGCGUUUUACUUAUAAUUUCUAAUUAUGUCGUCUAAAAGAACGAAAAAUGAGUCAUUUGAGCCUAACAAGAAAAGAAAAACACUGUCUUUGGAGUGUAAACUGAAUAUAAUUAAAGACUUUGAAGCAAAAAUGAAAAUUUGUGAAUUGGCAAAGAAAUUUGACCUACCGGAAUCAACAGUCCGAACGGUUGUAAAAGGUAAAGAAAAAAUUAUGACCGCUGUGAAAGACUCUCAAUCUUUGAAUUCAAGUAUCAUCCGUAAGCGUCACGGUAUUAUCGCACAGAUGGAAACAUUGCUACAGUCAUGGUGUGAUAAUCAAGUAAGAGUGAAAAAUUGUCCUGUUGAUCAAAAUACAGUGUGCUUUCAAGCAAAGCAGAUUUUUGAAAAACUAAAAGAAGAAGCUGGGGAGGCGGCUGAAAAUGAAGUGUUUAAAGCUAGUAACGGCUGGUUCAGCCGAUUUAAGAGUCGUUGUAAUUGGCAUAGCAUCGCAGAGAGUGGAGAAGCGGCAAGCGCUGAUAAAGAAACUGCAUCUCUCUAUCCAGAAAAACUCAAAACAAUGAUAGAUGAAGGUGGCUACACUAGUCUUUUUUGGAAGAAAAUGCCUAAAAGAACUUUUAUUGCGCGUGAAGAGAAAACUUUUCCAGGUUUUAAAGCCGCCAAGGAUCGAUUAACAGUGAUGGUUGGUGCGAAUGCAGCUGGAGAUUGUAAAUUAAAACCUCUCUUAGUUUAUCGCUCAGAAAAUCCAAGAGCCUUAAAAAAUAAAUCUAAAGCUGGUUUGCCUGUCAUUUGGAAGUCUAAUGCAAAAGCUUGGGUGACAGCUUCUCUUUUUGAAGACUGGUUUGGCUAUCAUUUUAUUCCUGAAGUCGAACGUUACUGCCGAUUAAAAGAAAUCCCAUUUAAAGUGAUGCUACUAAUUGACAAUGCGCCAGGUCAUCCUCCCGCAACUCUAAUUAAUUUCGAUCCACGUGUGGAAGUUGUAUUUUUGCCACCAAACACUACCAGCUUGCUUCAACCAAUGGACCAGGGAGUCAUUAAAACAUUUAAAGCUUACUACACAAGGCGGUCAUUUGCACAUCUACAUGAAGCUAUGAGACAAAACAAUGAGCUUUCUGUUAAAGACUUUUGGAAGCAAUUCAAUGUUUUAGAUGCUGUAAGAAUUAUUGGACAAUCUUGGAAUGAGGUUUCACAAAAAACUCUCAAUGGUGUCUGGAAAAAACUGUGUCCAUUUUUUUUCACCUCUGAAACCCAAGGAGAAACCAUUUCAGAUCCUGAACAAAUCGAUAGCAUAAUAGAAGAAGUGGUCGAUAUCGCCAAGCAAUUAAAUUUAGAGGUCGAUAAUGAUGACGUUCAAGAAUUGCUAGAUUCACACAAUCAAGAGCUAACAAUUGACGAGGUUAUAGAAAUGCGUAAGUAUGAGCAAGAUAUUGACCAAACUGAUUCGCUAGACCCAGUUGAAUCGGUAAAUCAAAUGACAAUUGCAAACUUAACAGAAGGGCUCAAUUCAAUUGAAAAGGGGUUACAAAUUUUAGAAAAAAUUUAUUCUAAUGAAGAACGCAUUUCUACUACAAAACGAGGGAUAAAAAAAUUACUGGUAUGCUACGAGGAAAUUUUACGUGAAAAGAAGACAAAUUUAACUCGUCAGGCAAUACUGUUAGAAUAUAUGAAGCCUUCGACAUCAAAAUAACUUCGGUUUAGCUUACUUUAUUCAUAACAAUGUAAAAUUUUUUGAUUAUCCUACACUUAUUAAACAUUUUUCUUCUAAAUUAUUGUUUUCUUUAAACUCUGGUCCCGAUUAAACAAACUUUAUAUGUAUUUAUAUGCAACGUUGAACCCCGACUUACGCGAAUUCGACUUACACGGCAACCGCUCGGACCCACCUAUCGCGUAAGUCCGGGGUAUUACUGUAUUCAAAAACUUUUUUGGAUCCUGUCUCAAGCUACAAUAAAGAUGAUGAAAUUCUCCGAAAUUUUGCCUUUCUUGAUUUAUAGGAUGCGCCGAAAACGAGCGUUUUGUCCCCUCAGUAUUAUGCAUAUGAUAAUAUGCAGCAGUAGAUGUCAACAACAAAAUAUUUUCUUCUUCAGAAUCACUCAUUUUUUUAGCUGUUCACUAUACAAAACAUAAAUUGCAAAUGCAAUUUACGCUCUUAUCGCAGCUCUGUUAUGCACACCAUACAAAACUAUAACUCGACGCUAUGCUCUUGUCGCUGCUCUUAUCGCUUAUCACUGCACGCAGCCUAAAGCGCAAAAAAUACACGACACGAACAUUUCCCCGAACAUUCCCGUUAUGUCAUGUUUCUGCG